CUUCGCGCCCCGGGAGUCCAGCACCCACAACCCUAGGCAGUUCCCGCCGCGGCGUCGAAGCGCGCAGGGCUGCGGGCGAGCGCCGCGCGGCUCAGCUUGGCUGGGUCGGGUCCCGGAGGAGUGAGCCAGGCCGACAGUCCCGGUCCCGGACCCCCGCACCCCUCCGCGCGCCUGGUGCCCGCCCGCCCGGGCUCCCUCGCACGCACCCUCCUCCCCUCCGCGGGGCACAGGGGUCGCCGGCGUGGACAGCGCGCGGCCCCCAGGUCUCCCUGCCAGGUCGCCAACCUCUCCUCUCGUCCCAAUGGGCACCGGCAGCCCCAGGCGGCCGUGGUGGUUGCUGCAGCCGCUCCUCCUGCUUCUACUGCUCCGGGGUCCCGCCGGAGUCCGCGCGCAGGAGGACGAGGACGGCGACUACGAGGAGCUGGUGCUAGCGUUCCGUUCCGAGGAGGACGCACCGGUGGAUGCGGCCCCGCACGCGGCCACCGCCACCUUCCACCGCUGCGCCAAGGACACCUGGAGGUUGCCAGGCACCUACGUGGUGGUGCUGAAGGAGGAGACCCACCGCUCACAGCCGGAGCACACUGCCCGCUGCCUGCAGGCCCAGGCUGCCCGCAGGGGCUACCUCACCAAGGUCCUGCACAUCUUCCAUGACCUCUUUCCUGGCUUCCUGGUGAAGAUGAGCAGCGACCUGCUGGACCUGGCGCUGAGGUUGCCCCAGGUUGAGUACAUCGAGGAAGACUCCUUUGUCUUUGCCCAGAGUGUCCCUUGGAACCUGGAACGGAUUAUCCCGGCACGGUACCAGGCGGAUGAACACCAACCCCUCAACGGAGGCGGCCUGGUGGAGGUGUAUCUCUUAGACACCAGCAUCCAGAGUGGCCACCGGGAAAUUGAAGGCAGGGUCACAGUCACUGACUUUGGGAGCGUCCCCGAGGAGGAUGGGACCCGCUUCCACAGACAGGCGAGCAAGUGUGAAAGCCACGGCACCCACCUGGCAGGGGUGGUCAGCGGCCGGGAUGCUGGCGUGGCCAAGGGCACCAGCCUGCACAGCCUUCGUGUGCUCAACUGCCAAGGGAAGGGCACGGUCAGCAACACCCUCAUAGGCCUGGAGUCCAUUCGGAAAAGCCAGCUGGUCCAGCCUGUGCCACAGCUGGUGGUGCUAUUGCCCUUGGCGGGUGGGUACAGCAGGGUCCUCAACGCCGCCUGCCAGCGCCUGGUGAGGACUGGGGUGGUGUUGGUGGCAGCCGCCGGCAACUUCCGGGAUGAUGCCUGCCUCUACUCCCCAGCCUCAGCACCUGAGGUCAUCACCGUUGGGGCCACCAAUGCCCAGGACCAGCCGAUGACUCUGGGGGCCUUGGGGACCAACUUUGGCCGCUGUGUAGACCUCUUUGCCCCAGGAGAGGACAUCAUUGGUGCCUCAAGUGACUGUAGCACCUGCUUCGUGUCACGGAGUGGGACGUCACAGGCUGCUGCCCACGUGGCUGGCAUUGCAGCGAUGAUGCUGGCGGCCAAGCCCGAGCUCACCCUGGCCGAACUAAGGCAGAGGCUGCUCCAUUUCUCUGCCAAAGAUGUCAUCAAUGAGGCCUGGUUCCCUGAGGACCAGAGGGUGCUCACCCCCAACCUGGUGGCUGCCCUGCCCCCCAGUGCCCACAGAGCAGGUGGGCAGCUGUUCUGCAGGAGUGUGUGGUCAGCGUCCUCAGGGCCUACACGGAUGGCCACCGCUGUGGCCCACUGCGCCCCCGAGGAGGAGCUGCUGAGCUGCUCCAGCCUCUCCAGGAGCGGGAAGCGGCGGGGCGAGCGCAUCGAGGCCCGAGGAGGCAGGCGUGUCUGCCUGGCCCACAACGCGUUCAGGGGUGAGGGUGUCUAUGCCAUUGCCAGGUGCUGCCUGCUACCCCAGGCCAACUGCAGCAUCCACACAGCUCCACCAGCCAGAGUGGGCACGGAGACCCGCAUCCACUGCCACCUGCGGGGCCACAUCCUCACAGGCUGCAGCUCCCACUGGGAGGCGGAGGACCUUGGAACUUAUAACCGGCCUGUGCUGAGGCCACGAGGCCAGCUCAACCAGUGCGUGGGCCACAAGGAGGCCAGCGUCCACGCUUCCUGCUGCCACGCUCCGGGUCUGGGGUGCAAAGUGAAGGAGCACGGGGUCCCAGGCCCUGUGGAACAGGUCACUGUGGGCUGUGAGGAGGGCUGGACACUGACCAGCUGCAGUGCCCUCCCGGGGGCUACCCAGGUCCUAGGGGCCUAUGCUGUGGAAAACACAUGCGUGGUGAAGAGCCGGGACAUGGCCCAAGUGGACAGGACCAGUGAGGGGACCAUAGUAGCUGUUGCCAUCUGCUGCCGGCCCCGGCCCCUGGAGCAGGCACCCCAGGAGUUCCAGUGACAGCCCCAACUUUGGCACCUGAGGAGGAUCAAGGGCUAGGACCGUGCAUCCAGGGCUGGGACUGAGCUUUGAAAUGUUUCUACUUGCCCCUUCCUCAGUCCUCCAUGGCCUGGGCCCUGGGGCCCGAUACGUCCACCUUCCUGGAGCUGCUGUUGCUGGCCCUUGGGUGGGGUGGGCUCCUUGCCUGGGAGAACUUUGUGUGUCCCCUGGAACCCAUCCCUCACCCUGGGGCCUGAGUCUGGUCUUCUACUGCCCAACGGGUUAAAUGAUGCCCAGCUCCUCCUUCAGCUGCACCCAGCGUACCUGCCCAACGGGUUAAACGAUGCCCAGCUCCUCCUCCAGCUGCACCCAGCGUGCCUGCCCAACGGGUUAAACGAUGCCCAGCUCCUCCUUCAGCUGCACCCAGCGUGCCUGCCCAAUGGGUUAAACGAUGCUCAGCUCCUCCUUCAGCUGCACCCAGCGUGCCUGCCCCGUGGGCUCUUGCCAGGUGCUGGGCAUUGAGUCCUCGGUCUCCAGUGGGGGAGUCUUCUCCCCACAAGUAGACAGGGAGGCACGUGGGGGCUGGCGUGGCCCAGUGUCAGUCAGGGGAUGUGUGUGGGGAUGGUGCUAUGGCCCUUGACCUGCUUACUUGGGGGAAGCCCCUUUGGGCUCCCUGCUUGAUGGAGGAUCAGUUUUCCACGGCUGUCAGGGUGCCAUGGGGGACGAGAUCUGGCCAGAGGCUGGAGGCCGUGUCCUGGGUGGGCAUGGGGUGGUGCCUUAGUUUCUCCAGCUGCCCUGACUGCUCUAUGCCAGGCUUUGCUAGCGCCUGCAGGGCGCCACCACCCAGAGCUAACUGCAGGGCUCCGUGGUGCAUGCACCAUCUAACCCAGCCAUCCCCACCACCCUGCAUACCAGAAGGUGGCACACCCACUUUGCUGAGGAAGAAAGUGGGAACCAGAGAGGGGAAGUGCCCACCAUGAUCACAUAGUGGGCAAUGAGGUGGUGGCAGGACGGAGAUGCAGCUUGCUGGCUCUGAAGCCAAGCCUGUUUUUACCUUACCAGGCUGGGUGCCCCAUUCUUAUGAGUGACAGUGAGGCAAGGGAACACAGACGGAGGAAUCAGAGUGCUAAGGCCUGAUCUUCUUCCUCCUGGGUUGCCUUGCCUUGCAGGCCUGGCCUGGUUCACUGUGGCUUGGAGAUGCCUCCGAGGGAUGGUGGGGGGGGCAGCUGUCCCUCCCUGAGCACGACCCCCCACCCCACACAAGGAAACAAGCAUGCCUCUACCUUUUCGGUCUGUUCUCUGUUGCCUUUUUAUAGUAAGAAGCUUUUCUAGACCUGUUUCACUUUUGUAACUUGAAGAUAUUUAUUCUGGGUUUUGUAGGAUUAUUAAUAUGGUGACUUUUUAAAAUAAAGCCUUUUUCCUGA